AUGGGCGACAACAACAGGGGGGGAGGAAGAGACGAUGGUCUUGGAGUCUACGGCCCGAACGCUCCUGUGCCGGAACAGCACCAGCGGCAAGGGGGCGGGAGAAGGGGCAGUGGCGGUGGCGGCCGACGCGGGGCGGACAGCAGAGACAGGGGCGGCGGCACUAACGGCAGAGACAGGGACGUCGGUAGGAUGAAGGGCGGGGCCGACAGUAGGGACAGGGAGAAUAGCAGGAGGGGCGGGGCUGACAGCCGCGACAGAGAGAGUAGCAGGAAGGGCGGGGCUGACGACAGGGACAGGGACAACCGAAGGGGCAGGGGUGGCAGCAGAGACCGGGGCGGCGACAGGGCGGACAGCAGGGACAGAGGCGGAGAGGAGCUGCACCGCAACCCUCCUCCUUUUUCAGGAGGGAGAAGUCGAAACAGCAGCGUCAACGAUAGCGACCGAAGGGGCAGCGGCGGGGACGGGUCGAGCAGGCGCAGCGGCGGAGGAGCAGACAGAGGGCGCAGCAGAGACGACGGCCAUCGCAACCGGAGCCGGGAGCGCGACGGCGGUAGCGGCGGCGGGGCAGGUAGCAGUCGGGUUGACCGCCACGAGAAGCGCAGAAACAGCAGCGGCGGCGGCGGCGGCGGCGGCGACGACAGGGACUCGCGGGACAGAGGCAGCGGCGGGCGGGAUAGAGGAGGGGACCGUGGAGAUUCCAGAGAUGGAAGAGGAGGAGGAGGGGAGCGCGACCUUGCCCACGGCAGCAGCAGCGGCGGCGGCGGCGACGGACGCGACGAUCGGCGGGCGGCGGGACGGAGGGACGGCAGCCGCAGCCCGGACCGGGGAAGGGAGAAGCGCCGCGACCACUCGCGCGAAGCCGAUCGCCGCCAACACCACAGCCAAGAAGGAUCACGCGGGGGCGGCGGCGGCAACAAGGACAACAACUACAAAAACAGCCCCGGCGAUGGCAGGCGGAGGGCGUCCUCCCGAGACGGCGACCAUGACGGGGGCAAAGAGCGCCUCUCCCCUCCCAGGCGCAGCUCGCGCCACGAUGGUGGGGGAUACCCGGAUGCCGCUAGCGGCGGCGGAGGCGGCGGCGAUUGUGAUGGUAGAAGCAGGGUCGAUGAGCCUCACGACAGGGCUUCCGACGAACCGGGGUACGGAGACCAUGGCGGGAAGGGUGGUUCGCCGGAGUCCGGCGGCGGCGGCGGCAGCGGCGGCGGCGGUGGCGGCAGGAAAGACAAGAAACAAAAGAAGGACAAGAAGGAAAAGAAGGAGAAGAAGAAGAAGAAAGACAAGGAUAAGGUUAGCAAGAGCAAGGGAGACGGGAAGAAGGACCACGAAGAAGAGUCGUCGUCGGCGGGCAUUUACCCCUCCCGGCCACCGCCGGCGUCGCCGCUCCCCGCACCGGCCGGCGGCGAGGGUUCCACGCGAAAGAGGGCCCGAUCCCCUUCUCCUCUCCCCUACCAGGACGACGACUACGACUACGGCGACGGCGGCGACGGCGGCGGCGAUGUCGGGCCAUCGUCGAGAAGGAAGCGGAACAAACGUGUCGGCAAGAACCGCAGGAACGGUGGUGGUAAAGACGCAGCAGAGUCUUCUGGCGGUGGCGGCGGGGGUGGUCACGGGCCCAAGACCCGCGGCGUCGGGGCGAAGCUCCGCGUGCAGCCCAUCGGACGUGGUGUGUAUGCGGGAUGCUUCGGGAGAGUGUCCCUCGUGCUCAUCGCGCAUGCCGGACCUUUCUUUCAGAUAUGGCACUAG